GGGGGAGUCAGCACCCACACAUGCCAGACGCCUACCCCAGAGGCCAUCUCCCACGCUCUGCCCCCAGCUCCUCGAAUUUUCAACUUUGUUUUUUUGGAGCGGCAGGUUUGAGGGUGCCUUUCCCAGCGGAUGUCCAGCUGGAAGAGCCGGCGGCUGCCCCGGCAGCACCUUCACUGGAGAGGAUUCUGAGAGAAAUGAAGAAAGCCAUCAGAAAUGAAGUUAGUAGCCUCAUGGCCUUCUGUUAACUGGACUGGAGUCUCAUUUCUGCAGUUCCUUGAAAGGACCCUCUACACAACCAACACGAUGUCGGCUGAGGUCAUCCAUCAGAUUGAAGAGGCACUUGAUGACGAUGAGAAGGAGAUGCUUCUUUUUCUGUGUCGGGAUGUUGCUGUAGAUGUGACUGCAUGUAAUGUCAGGGACCUUUUGGAUAGUUUAAAUGAGAGAGGAAACCUGACUGUCAUGGGCCUGGCUGAGCUGCUCUACAGAGUAAGGCGGUUUGACUUGCUCAAGAGGAUCUUGAAGAUGGACAAAAUGACCGUGGAGGCCUACCUGCUCAGGCACCCUCAUCUCAUUUCAGACUACAGAGUACUGAUGACUGAGAUUGGUGACAAUUUGGAUAACUCAGAUAUGUCCUCAUUAAUUUUUCUCAUGAGGGAUUAUAUGGGCCGAAGCAAGACAGCCAAGAACAAAGAUAAGAGUUUCUUGGAUCUUGUGAUGGAAUUGGAGAAACUAAGUCUGGUUGCUCCAGAUCAAUUGGAUUUAUUAGAAAGAUGCCUAAAGACCAUCCACAGAAUAGACCUGAAGACAAAAAUCCAGAAAUACAAGCAGUCUGCUCAAGCAACAGGAACAAAUUAUAUAAAUGCUCUCCAGGCCUCUCUCCCAAACCUGAGUCUUAAGGAUCCUUCUUAUAACCUAAGGCUUCAGAAUGGGAGAAGUAAAGAACAGAGACUCGUGGUGAGACAGCCUGACAUUCAAAGAGAACCAGUGAAGACAUCCAUUCAAGAAUCAGGAGCAUCUUUGCCUCGGCACAUACCAGAAGAAAGAUACAGGAUGCAGAGCAAACCCUUAGGAAUCUGCUUGAUAAUUGACUGCAUCGGCAAUGACACAGAGCUUCUUCAGAAUACCUUCACUUCCCUGGGCUAUGAAGUCCGGUGUUUCUUGCUUCUGUCUAUGGAAAACAUAAUUCAGAUUCUCCGCGAAGUUGCCCAUAUGCCUCGACACCAAGACUACGACAGCUUCGUGUGUGUCCUGAUGAGCCGAGGGAACUCCCACAGCGUGUUUGGUGUGGACCCGUCUCCCUCAGGGUUACCUUUAGAUCACAUCAGGAGGAUGUUCAUGGGAGACACAUGCCCUUAUCUGGUAGGAAAGCCAAAACUCUUUUUCAUUCAGAACUAUGUGAAGACAGAGUACCAUCCGGAGGACUGUGGCAUCCUGGAGGUGGAUGGGCCAGCAGUGAACAACGUGGACUCCAAGGCAAGGCAGCCUGGGCCCUGCAUGGUUCACCGAGAAGCUGACUUCCUCUGGAGCUUGUGCAGAGCAGACGUGUCUCUGCUGGAGCGGCCCUCCAUCUCGCCAUCCGUGUACCUGCAGUUUCUCGCCAAAAAACUGUGGCAAGAAAGAAGACGACCACUUGUGGAACUCCACAUUGAACUGAAUAACAGUGUAUAUAACUGGAACAGAGGAGUGUCUGAUAAAGAGAGGUACUACGUCAGUCUGCAGCAUACCCUGAGAAAAGAACUCAUUCUCUCCUGCAAUUGAAAAGCCAAUGACU